GUAUUUACGGGUUGCAACAUCUAUUGUAUCUUAAUCUCUGUGGGUGCCCAAAUCUUGUUGUAUUUCCAACAAAGGCGAGCUUUGAAGUUCCAGCAGUUGCAGAAUCACUUCCUCUGGUGUUUCCAGCUAAUUCAAACAUCUCACAUAGCAACUAUGGUUCAUUACAACUGUUUCCCCAGCUAACAAACCUACCAUUUGAAGGAUGCAAUUUACUGUCAGUCUAUGAUUUCCUGGCUAGUCUUGAUUGCUUGUUCACCUUAAAGAGACUCAAUCUAUCACGAAGCAAUUUUGUUAUUCUUCCUAUAUGUAUUAGCAAAUUUCUCUGGCUGUGUCAUCUUAAUUUGCAUGGUUGCACGAGUCUUCGAGAAAUCUUAGAACUUCCACCAUAUAUAGAAGUGAUAGACAUUGGCGGUUGUGUGUCACUGGAAAAGUUUCCAACAUUGUCCAGGAUACUGGAAUUCAAUGACACUCAAUUCCUCAAUUCGAUGGACUUGUCUAAUUGCCAUAGGUUACUGGUUGAUAAUAUUGGCUUCGACGUUGAGUCAGAGAUGGCAGAUUCAGUGGAACUGAAUGAGGUCGUGUCAAAGAUAGCAGAGGCAUUAGUACUGAAUCAGGUAUAUAAGAAAUCUGAGUUUGAGGUCAUACUUCCAGGAAGUGAAGUUCCAAAGUGGUUUGAUUGGCGUAAGCUCGAAGUGUGUGUGAUUAUGCGUAUUGAGGAUUAUAUAUAUGACCUUUCGAUUGAUAUCCUUAGGACUUUGAAAUGGGAGAAAACAGGGCUUGUUGUUUGUGCUGUUUUUGAAGCUACGCAAGAUUAUUCUGGUGACUGCAGUUUUGGUCUCCACAUUACAAUCAAUGAAGUAGACAUGGAUGACUGCACUACAUUAGGGUGUUACCUUGAAGCAACAGAAACAGAGCCAUCAACUCAUGUGUGGCUGAAAUAUAUUCCACGGAAUGUUGGCAUCAAGAAAGAGGUAGAUGCAAAGAGUGAUCAAUGGACACCUUAUUCGUGUCAACUUAGCUUUUUCUAUAUUGGCGGUCAAGGGUUUCUCUUCAGAAGCUGUGGGGUCCACCUGGCUAGUGUGCCCUAUGACGACGACGACGACCAUGAUUAUGACGAGGAGGAGGACGACGGUGAUGAAGAUGAUGUAAGUAGUGAAGACUCGGCAGAAAAGAGAUAUAGGAAGAGAACUGGUAGUAUUUCUGAGCUGGGAUUGAGUUGUGAUUUUGACAAAGCAGAAGCUGCCACUGUAUCUACAUCAUCAUCAGUAUUAUCAGGAGGCAUUAGUACCAAGCGAGGUGUUGAACACUUCGAUCAUGAUGGGCAACCUGGUCCAACAAAAAGAUUUAAAUAAAUCACCCAUGGAGUUGACCUAAUACCAGUGGAAGCGCUGACUGAUGGAUAAGUUGAUUUUCAGAAGCCUUUCAUCUGCCGAAGUCUUGAAGGAUGCCCUUGAUGUAUGGCAGAUCAGGCACUAGACUACUAGCUGUGCUGUCAUGUGAUGGUCAACUACUCUCUCCCUCGGCU